AUGUCUGCUCUCAUCUCAGAUAGUCCUCCAAACCCAAGCUGCAAAAUCAUGACAUUUAGGCCUUCGAUGGAUGAAUUCAGGGAUUUCAACAAAUACUUAGCGUACAUGGAAUCACAAGGUGCUCAUAGGGCUGGAGUUGCAAAGGUUAUCCCACCGAAGGAGUGGAAGCCAAGAAAACAUUAUGAUGAUAUUGAAGAUUUGGUGAUUCCUGCUCCAAUUCAGCAGAUGGUCACUGGCCAGUCGGGGCUCUUCACACAGUACAACAUUCAGAAAAAGCCAAUGACAGUGAAGGAGUUCAAGCAGCUGGCUAACAGUGACAAAUACUGCACCCCAAGAUGCGUAGACUAUGAAGAUCUGGAGCGUAAAUACUGGAAGAACUUGACUUUUGUGGCACCAAUUUAUGGAGCAGAUAUCAAUGGGAGCAUUUAUGAUGAAGGUAUUGAGGAAUGGAAUAUUGCCCAUCUUAAUACAAUAUUGGAUGUUGUAGGAGAAGACUGUGGAAUUUCUAUUGAGGGUGUAAAUACGCCAUAUCUGUAUUUUGGCAUGUGGAAAACAACAUUUGCGUGGCACACUGAAGACAUGGAUCUCUACAGUAUCAAUUAUCUCCAUUUUGGGGAGCCGAAGUCAUGGUAUGCUAUUCCUCCAGAGCACGGGAAACGGCUUGAAAGGCUAGCUCAAGGGUUCUUCCCAAGCAGCUGUCAAGGAUGUGAUGCUUUUCUUCGCCAUAAGAUGACUCUGAUUUCUCCAUCAAUAUUGAAAAAGUAUGGAAUUCCUUUUGACAAGGUUACACAAGAGGCAGGAGAAUUUAUGAUCACUUUCCCAUAUGGAUACCAUGCAGGAUUUAACCAUGGUUUUAACUGUGCAGAGUCAACAAACUUUGCCACCAUCCGAUGGAUUGAUUAUGGAAAAGCAGCAAAGUUGUGCACUUGUAGGAGAGACAUGGUGACAAUAUCCAUGGACAUCUUUGUGAGAAAGUUUCAACCAGACAGAUACCAGCUGUGGAAACAAGGCAAGGAUUUAUACACCAUUGAUCAUACAAAACCAACUCCUGAAUCAACACCAGAAGUAAGGACCUGGCUACAGAGAAGAAGGAAAAUAAAGAACUUUCCCAGGUGCUUCCAGCACACCAGAUCUCGAUCUAAAAAGCUUAAAACUCCAGAGGACAACAGAGUAUCUGCUGUGAUAGCUGAUGCAGAAAUCAUAGUGACUGAAGCAGCUGCUGAUGGCUUCAAGGUCACUGAAGAACCUGGAAAAGAAGUGAGACUGGCAAACACAGAAGUGCCUUCUGGGGAAGAAGAAAACAGUAGUAGACUGCAGCUGGAUCAACGUUUAUUGGAUAAUGUGAAGGUUGCAGGAAGCAUCUGUUCAGACUCAAUUUUGAGCCCUGUUCCUGUACUGGGGAAAACAAAAAUGGAAGAUGAGGACAGGUCAGAUUCCAGUCAUCAUCUCUUCACAUCUGAAGAUUCUGUGGCCCACAUGCCCACUUCUGGUAACUGUAUAAAAGAAGAAAGUUUGAAAUCCCAGAAUCAGGCUGUUUCCUCCAUACCGUACCAUAAGCCAGAGGCACAUGCUUCUCAAGCAGAAAACCCAGAUAAACAGGAAAAUGUCUCGACUGAGGAUGAUGUCAGUGACCUAGAAAGCUCUGGAAGUAGCUUGGAACAUGGAGAAGUGCUCGUUGUAAAAAGGGAUGAAGAUGAUGGCAUGGAAACAUCCAGUUCAGUGGAAGUUGAAAGAAAGAAAAUAUCUAAGAGUUGGCGUCAUCCACUAAAUAAACCCCCAGCUAGAUCUCCAAUGACUUUGGUUAAACAGCAGACAACUGGUGAUGAAGAACUGCCUGAGACUACCUUAACUGAAGAGAAAGUUCAAGAGACAGAGACAUGGGCCAGGCCUCUGGUCUACCUUUGGCAGACAAGAGUACCCAACUUCAAUGCUGAAAAAGAAUACAAUGCAGCUUGUGCAAAAAAGGAACCACACUGUGCUAUUUGCACUCUUCUCAUGCCAUACUACAAGCCAGACAAUCAUGAUGAAGAAAGUCCUACUUUCAGGGAAGCAAACUCAGCAGAAACAUUGAUGGCUGAAAAUGAAAAGACUAAACCUCUCCUUCCAGAGAUGUGUUUUAUUUAUAGUGAAGAAAACACUGAAAACUAUCCAUCAAAUGCCUUUAUCGAAGAAAAUGGAACAAGUCUUCUGAUUUCCUGUGCAAAGUGUUGUAUACGGGUUCAUGCAAGUUGCUAUGGUGUUCCUUCUCAUGAAAUCGGUAAUGAAUGGUUGUGUUCUCGAUGCAGAAAAGAAGCCUGGACAGCCGAAUGUUGUCUCUGCAAUUUGAGAGGUGGUGCAUUAAAGCAAACUACUGACAAGAAGUGGGCACAUGUAAUAUGUGCAAUUGCCAUCCCAGAAGUCAGAUUUGGUAAUGUCAGAGAACGUACACCGAUAGACACUAGCAGAAUACCUUUGCAAAGAUUAAAAUUGAAAUGUAUCUUCUGCAGACAGAGAAUUAAGAAAAUCUCUGGUGCCUGCAUUCAGUGUUCAUAUGGACGCUGCCCAGCCUCCUUCCAUGUUACCUGUGCGCAUGCUGCAGGAGUACUGAUGGAACCAGAUGACUGGCCAUAUGUUGUCUACAUCACAUGUUUCAGGCACAAGAUCAACCAAAAUGUGAGAGCUAAAUUAAGUGAGAAGGCCCUUACAGUUGGACAGACAGUCAUCACGAAACAUAGGAAUACACGAUACUACAGUUGCAGAGUCAUAGGGGUGACAUCUCAACUUUUCUAUGAAGUCGUGUUUGAUGAUGGCUCUUUCAGUCUGGAUACUUUUCCUGAAGACAUUGUAAGCAGAGAUUGCCUAAGGCUGGGCCCACCUGCAGAGGGAGAGGUUGUCCAAGUGAAAUGGCCUGAUGGAAAACUGUAUGGUGCAAAGUAUCUGGGAACAAACACAGCUCACAUGUAUCAGGUUGAGUUCGAAGAUGGUUCUCAAAUAGUAAUGAAGAGAGAAGAGAUCUAUACACUAGAUGAAGAGCUUCCGAAGAGAGUGAAAGCACGUUUUUCUACAGCCUCUCACAUGAGAUUCGAAGACACGUUUUGUGGAGCAGAUAUUAUCUUGGGAGAGAAGAAGAGGCAGAGAGUAUUGAGUUCCCGCUUUAAGAAUGAAUAUGUGGAUGAUCCAGGUUACCGCACCUUCUUGAAAAGCUCAUUCCAGAAGAAAUGCCAGAAGGGGCUAUAA